AUGGCUUAUUAUGACGAAAUUGAAAUUGAGGAUAUGAUGUUCAACGAGGAGGAAGGUACCUAUUACUAUCCAUGCCCAUGCGGAGAUAUAUUUUCAAUUUCUUUGCAAGAGUUGGCCAAUGGAGAAGAGAUUGCUCAUUGUCCGAGCUGUUCUUUGGUGAUACGAGUGAUUUAUAAUCCCGAAGAUUUUAAACAAAGCGAGGAAGAGGAAGCGGAGGUGGAAAAGGAAGUUGAAAUUGAAACCGAAUAA